UUGAAGAAAGUAAGAUGAGAAGGAAGGAGAACCCACUGUUUGAAAACAAUUCAAAUAAAAGGAAAGAGGAUUUUUCUGACAGUGAAGACAGUGAUGAUGGAGCAGUGGUACCUAAAAAAAUACACGAGGACUUAGACAAAAAAUACCGCUUCCAAAAGAAACAAAAACAUCAGCUACAAGAAGAGCUGAUGGAGUGUAAAAAAAGACAUGCAGAAUUAGAAAAGAUCAACAAGGACCUUGUCGCAGAGCUGACUACAUACAGACAACUUAAUGUUACACUGCAGCAGAACAUCAAUGAAGUUCUUCAAAGGGCCUUCUCAAAAACACAUGAUUCCUCAUUUUUUGAAGUCAGCGAAACCUCCUCAUCCCUACCCGAAAAGGGUACUCCUGAACGGCAAACAUCUGAUAAGCUGCCAAAUACUAGCGGGGAAAUUUAUGAAAGAAAAAAUGGCAAGAUCCACGUAGGAGAAAAUGUUUGGCUUAGAGAGGAGGUGUGGAAGAAAAUUCGUUCCUCUGCCAAAGAUUCUCUCUUCGUCAAAGAGAUGGCUGUGGCACUAUGGGGGACAGCAACUUUAAAAAACAAAAGUGUGUCUGGAAACGAGUGUCCCACGAAUAAAAAUCCUGUGAAGCCUCCCCUGACCCCAUCCAAGCUGCAAGUUUUGAGAGUCUGUUUCAGUGACUGGCUCAGAACAAAGGAGCCCGAAAAAAAUGAGAGAGAGAAGAGGGAGAAUCGAGUUGGUUAUUACAUAUCCCAGAAAAUUCAAGACAUUAUAAAAAAAGAACAAAGAAAUGAAAAAGUGUGAAAGCUGUUGAAGCACAAAUAAAAUAGGAAUUAAUGACUUGACAAUAAUUUUCCAGGUAUGAUUCUAGUUGGAAUGGUUUUCUAAGUCUUUAGUUUUAAGUCUUCAGUUUUUGUAAUACAUUUAAAUACCAUUUGUCCUCUG